UCCCUCCCGGUGCCGCAAGGGAGCGCCCGCGCUCUCCGCCGCAACGGCGGCAGCGGCGGCGGAGGAAGAUGGCGGCGGCAGCCUCAGAGCAGCAAAGUUCUAAUGGCCCAGUGAAGAAGUCCAUGCGGGAGAAGGCUGUGGAGCGCAGGACUGUUAACAAGGAGCACAACAGCAACUUCAAGGCAGGAUACAUUCCCAUUGAUGAAGACCGUCUGCACAAGACAGGCUUGCGUGGCAGGAAAGGCAACUUGGCCAUUUGUGUGAUUGUUCUUCUUUUUAUUUUGGCUGUCAUCAAUCUUGUUAUCACACUGGUUAUCUGGGCAGUGAUUCGGAUCGGCCCCAAUGGCUGUGACAGCAUGGAGUUCCACGAGAGCGGUUUGCUGCGCUUUAAGCAAGUUUCUGACAUGGGCGUCAUACACCCAUUAUAUAAAAGCACUGUAGGAGGCAGACGUAAUGAAGAUUUGGUGAUCACUGGAAACAAUCAGCCUAUUGUAUUUCAGCAAGGAACAACCAAGCUUAGUGUAGAAAAAGACAAAACUUCUAUUACCAGCGACAUUGGCAUGGAAUUUGUUGACCCACGGACACAAAAUACCUUGUUCAGCACAGACUAUGAAACUCAUGAGUUCCACCUGCCAAAUGGAGUUAAGAUCUUGAAUGUACAAAAGGCCUCUACAGAGAGGAUAACCAGCAAUGCAACCAGUGAUCUAAACAUCAAGGUUGAUGGCCGUGCCAUUGUCCGUGGAAACGAAGGUGUUUUCAUCACAGGCAAGACCAUUGAGUUUCGAAUGGGGGGGAACAUGGAGCUUAAAGCAGAAAACAGUAUUAUCCUGAAUGGAACUGUGAUGGUCAGCCCAACGAGACUGCCAAGUUCUUCAUACGGGGAACAGUUCAGUAACAGCAACUGGCUGCGUUUCAAGCUCUGCAUGUGUGCUGAUGGGACACUCUUCAAGGUUCAGGUGACAGGGUAUAACAUGGGCUGUCAGACUUCUGUCAACCCCUGUGGAGCCACACACUAGAACACAAACCACUACCAGGAGAGCUCUCUUUUGUGUUUACAUGUAUUUAUAUGAAGUAAUUGCAUGCCUUCAAGGAUUUCUGUUUUUACAGCAGUUUAUACUAACAUUUAUCACAUAUUUUUAAGCAAAGGCUGUUAGAUGUAGCUGUGUUAUGUCAUCAUCCUGUUAGCUGUAAUCAUGGCACUGAUUUAGUAAGCUUCAGUCUACAUGCAUACUGAAGUACCUUCCUGAAUUUGGAUCAAGUGAGUAUAUUCAAAGAUGGUGAUCUUAGCAGCAAUCCUGACUGCCUUCAGUUGCAUUUCUUUGCCAAGACCUUGAGAGCUGCUGAGAACACAACUGCCAUCUGAAGUACUUCAACAGAAAUGUUGAUUUGUUGGUGGAAGUAGAUUUGCCUAGGAUGGCUGAAAUGGCAACUUUUUGUCUUCUUUUCUUGCCAAAGGUUGAUAUGAUUUCCCAAAAAUUUACGUGAUUUACUGUAUGUGUACUAAGAGAGCUGUAAUGGCAGACUCACUUCAAAAUAUUGCAUUAUUUCUGCCAUAUAUUCUGAUGUAAUUUAAGAAAAAACUGCUAGCACAAGUAAUAUUUUCAAAUUACUAUCAAGUGUGGAAAUGUAACUUCAAUUUUGAAAUAUUCUUGUGAUUAUUGCUUAAGCCCCCAUUCUAUCUGGGUGGUUUAGGGAUUCUACAAUGUCUUCAUUUACAUGAAACAUUUAUAAAAUGUAUUUAUAUUAGAGGUACCUUUUUAGACAUGCACUUAAAACUUGCUCACUACCCAAAAAGAGUCUUUUCCUAAGUGCUUCAUUGUGAACAGUGUAAGAAUCCAUUAUUCAACAGGUAAUAAUCAGAAGCAUGACUGUAAACAGCAGUAUCUGAGAUUAGAUCUCUUUCUCCCCAUAAAUGUGAUUUCUCCUCAAAACUGAUGCAUUAUUGAAAGCCUUAUAAUUAAAUUCUGAAGUAAAAUUGCAGGUCUGUAAUUCUAAAUGUGAGGGCAUCAACUCCUGUGAGAGUAAAUUUACUCUGUUCCUGUGAGCAGAGUAAAUACACUUGUAUCUGAAUUUGUCAACAGCGAGACCAUGCCUAUGUGAACUGAGGCCUCCCAGGAACUAUUAAUUACCUUAUAACUGCUUUUGCAGAGGAAAGGUGUUCUGUUCUAAAAACAGGGCAGUCAUUACAAGUUUCUGACUCUACCCCCCUAUGUAUUUGCUUCAGUUUAAAUUACUUUCAUUUUGCAGUAGCAUCAAGUAACCUUAAUAAUGGAGGUCACAAGGGUGACUUUGCAAGUAGGUUUUUGACAAGUUUCUCUAGAUAAGUACACACUUCUCCUAAAAGUUGUGCAAAUGUUACACAUUAACUUCAGAGUUGGCCAUAUGUUAUGGGAAGAUAAACUGCCCGCCCUUGUUUUAUAGCUCCUGAAGUACUUAGAAUUCCACGAAAUACCCAUCACCUGCUGCUCCAGCAAGAACUUUGUAUCUAAGGUCCCACCUAGCUCUAUUUACUAAUAGUAAGUCCUCAGCAGGAUGUGUGGGAGUGGGAGUGGUUUUGGGAGGGUGAUCCUCAGGCUCCGCAUUACACCACAGGACAGGUAAGAGGGGUCUCAUUUCUCAGAGCUCUAAGGCAGAGUCCCAUUUUGAUGCUCAGUUGUUGGGUUUCAAAGGGGUGGAUACCAGCAGAGAUGUUCUAAGAAAAAGGGAGUAAGCAAAAUAAAAUGUAGCAAAAGCCACCGAAUUGCUAACAUUAAAGGUUGUGGGAAAGUAGUAACAUUUUGUAUACUGAAUGAACUUCCUAGUAUUACCACAGUUAGUAAUAAUCAACUACUUCAACGUUUUGCUGAAAACAUAUAUACAUCACUGCUACUAAGUAGUGCCCCAGUUAGUAUCUGUUAGAGUUAAGAGGAAGAAAUAAACUGUAACAUAUUUAGAAUUUUCAUUCAUGGUAAUGGAAAUUUGUCACUUUAUUUUUAUAUAUAUAAAAACAGACCUGUAAAAAUACAAGCAGCAGCAUCCUCAAUGCUGAAAUAGAUUUUGAAAAUGAGUGAUACUGCCUUGGUUAAGUAGAUUACACACAAAGAGCAUAAUGAGCUCUUUGGUUAAUAUUGACAUGCCUGUAUUACACAAAUCCCAUGCUAGGGAUUCUUGUAAUUAUCAAGAGUUGUUUAAAAUACUCUUAAAUCAUGGUCUAGAGAACUGGUUUUGAAGUGUGGUGGGGUUUUUUUUUGGUUGGUUUUGGGUUUUUAGUCAAAACAUAGCAAAACCAAAUGAAAUCCAUUAUUCAUUUGUUAGCAACUAUUCAUGUAUUUCUAGUAUAUUUUGUUACCUUCACUAUACAGUUUGAGCAAUGUCACACAUGCCCUGUGUUGUGUGCAUUUAUUUAUCUCCUAACUGCCUAAGGUACAUUUUUCUAUAUGUAUUUAAAACAUGGUGUGGCACAUUAUUUUAGUCCCGCGGAUGGACUUAGGAUUCUGUGUGUUUCAAGUACAUUCUACAUGCCUGUAUGCAAAAUACCAUACUGGGUACGUUUAAACAACUUCCAUGUGAAGAGUUCUCAGCACAUGUAUAGGUAGUGGUUGUUUCCAUUGGUGAAAGACAAUUGAAUUUCUAGUCUUUGUUUUGAAAUGAAUCAAUAAAUUCUAACACACA